AUGUUUCUUCAAAAGUCUCUACUUACGAUCGUCGUCUUAUUCUCUACCUUUGGUCUGGGCACUUUUGCAAAAUCUUGUCGUUACUUUUUUAGUCAACAGAAUGGUCAAGCCAUGUGCGGUGAUACCGAAUCGCUUAAAUCGCAAACCGGAUGCACUUAUAAAACUUGUCACAAUCCUCACGGUCUUCAAUUUGUGAAGAUGACUGACUGCUAUUGGGUUAAAGACAAUUCGGGACCCAGCAAACAAGAUUGUUCAUAUUACGAAUGGGACUCUAAUACCAAAGCCUACACUUGUACUAACCCGGGCUUUAAUCAAUAUAAUUGCAAGCAGUACCCAGCUAGCCAGGAGUUCAUAACCUGCACGAAGUGCUAA